AUGAGAAGAGGAGUUUAUCAUCUGCAGCCAGAACAGAACAGAACAGAAUCAUUGUCUCAGAACAUGUCACGCACCUCAGCCGACGUCGUGCCGCUCUGCGCUCCAGUACAGAGUCAAGUCCAUUCAUUCUGCUCUAGAGACAACCACUAUUCUGAAAAAAGCCUACUUGCUCGAUUCUACAUAUCUGAUCUUACAACACUAGUGAUAAAUUCAGAAUUCAAAAGGAUCACCACCGUCCCAUUGCAGUGCAAGUUCCUGUACAGACUGGAUCUCUACUCCGCUAAGCUGAGUGAGCUGUUUCUAAAGAGAGGGGGGCAGUUGGGCCAAAAGCUCAAAAGUCUCAUGGCACCAGUGACCGAUGGUGUCAGUGUGCAUGUGAGGCGAGAGUGCAUCCUAAAGGGACUCUGUGCGUAUAUGGGCGAAGACCACGAACAGCUGGUUCGGGAAUAUAUGACCUACACUCCUCAUUCAGACCUCAUUCAGACCUACACUCCUCAUUCAGACCUCAUUCAGACCUACACUCCUCAUUCAGACCUCAUUCAGACCUACACUCCUCAUUCAGACCUACACUCCUCAUUCAGACCUACACUCCUCAUUCAGACCUCAUUAGACCUACACUCCUCAUUCAGACCUCAUUCAGACCUCACUCCUCAUUCAGACCUCAUUCAGACCUACACUCCUCAUUCAGACCUCAUUCAGACCUACACUCCUCAUUCAGACCUCAUUCAGACCUACACUCCUCAUUCAGACCUCAUUCAGACCUACACUCCUCAUUCAGACCUCAUUCAGACCUACACUCCUCAUUCAGACCUCAUUCAGACCUACACUACACUCAGACUCAUUCAGACCUCAUUCAUUCAGACCUCACUCCUCAUUCAGACCUCAUUCAGACCUACACUCCUCAUUCAGACCUCAUUCAGACCUACACUCCUCAUUCAGACCUACACUCCUCAUUCAGACCUCAUUCAGACCUACACUCCUCAUUCAGACCUCAUUCAGACCUACACUCCUCAUUCAGACCUACACUCCUCAUUCAGACCUCAUUCAGACCUACACUCCUCAUUCAGACCUCAUUCAGACCUCAUUCAGACCUACACUCCUCAUUCAGACCUCAUUCAGACCUACACUCCUCAUUCAGACCUCAUUCAGACCUACACUCCUCAUUCAGACCUACACUCCUCAUUCAGACCUCAUUCAGACCUACACUCCUCAUUCAGACCUCAUUCAGACCUACACUCCUCAUUCAGACCUACACUCCUCAUUCAGACCUCAUUCAGACCUACACUCCUCAUUCAGACCUCAUUCAGACCUACACUCCUCAUUCAGACCUACACUCCUCAUUCAGACCUACACUCCUCAUUCAGACCUACACUCCUCAUUCAGACCUCAUUUAGACCUACACUCCUCAUUCAGACCUCAUUCAGACCUACACUCCUCAUUCAGACCUACACUCCUCAUUCAGACCUACACUCCUCAUUCAGACCUCAUUCAGACCUCAUUCAGACCUACACUCCUCAUUCAGACCUACACUCCUCAUUCAGACCUCAUUUAGACCUACACUCCUCAUUUAGACCUACACUCUCAUUCAGACCUACACUCCUCAUUCAGACCUACACUCCUCAUUCAGACCUACACUCCUCAUUCAGACCUACACUCCUCAUUCAGACCUCAUUCAGACCUACACUCCUCAUUCAGACCUCAUUUAGACCUACACUCCUCAUUCAGACCUCAUUCAGACCUACACUCCUCAUUCAGACCUACACUCCUCAUUCAGACCUACACUCCUCAUUCAGACCUCAUUUAGACCUACACUCCUCAUUCAGACCUCAUUCAGACCUACACUCCUCAUUCAGACCUCAUUCAGACCUACACUCCUCAUUCAGACCUCAUUCAGACCUACACUCCUCAUUCAGACCUACACUCCUCAUUCAGACCUCAUUCAGACCUACACUCCUCAUUCAGACCUACACUCCUCAUUCAGACCUCAUUUAG